CUACCGCGUAACCAGGUGCCCGAGUGGUCUGGCGCCUACAUCAACUACAAGGGCCUCAAGAAGCUCAUCAAGGCUGCAUCCCAGAAAGUCAAGAGUGGGGAGCAGGUAGAUCCAGCAGAAUUCUUCUUCGCCCUGGAUCGAAACCUGGAGAAUGUCGACUCCUUCUACAGCAAGAAGCUGGCCGACUCGUGCCGCCGUCUCAACGUCCUCCACAGCCGGUACGGCCACGUCCCCGACGUCGUCGAGUCGCUCGACCAGGACGAGAUCGAGGAGGUCAUGGGCGCCCUGCUCGACCUGAGGACCCAGCUGCGCAAUCUCCAGUGGUUCGGCGAGAUCAACCGCCGCGGCUUCGCCAAGAUCACCAAGAAGCUCGAUAAGAAGGUCCCCGAGAUCGCCACCCAGCACCGCUACAUCUCCACAAAGGUCGAGCCGAGGCCCUUUGCCAGGGACGGCAACACCAGCCGCCUCCUCGCCGACAUCAACCGGUGGCUCUCCGUCCUCGGCGACGCCCAGAACAUGGACGACGCCCGCUCCGACCGCUCCAACCGCUCCCUCGGCCGCGCCUCCUCCAAGGCCCUCGUCAUCCUGCCCCAGGCCCAGCUCGACUCCCUCGACCACGCGGUCCGCACCGACAGCGUCGACGGCCUCGAGAAGGGCCUCGGCGAAGCCAACAUCACGCCCGGCACCGGCUCCCAGAAGCUCAUGCUCAAUCUGCUGCAGCGCUCCAUCUCGGCCCGCUCGAGAGGCUGCGUCGCCUACCUCCUGCGCCGCGUCAGCUCCCUCCAGGAGCCCGAGGACAUCAACGGCCGCAACUGCAUCCACCGCCUCGUCAUCCACAUCGGCCGCUCCAAGACGGCCUCCGGCCAGGACGCCAUGACGUACCCCGUCCCCGCCGGCACCCAGUUCAACCGCCACAUCCAGCCCGCCGUGUCGACGUCGGUCCCUGCCAAGCUGCUCAACACGGAGGAGACGAGCAUCCUGACCAAGGACGACGAGGCUGUCCAGAUGCUCACCUUCGUCCUCGACAACCUGAAGCCGGAGCAGCACGCCGCGCUCAAGAGCCGCGACACGUUUGGCCGCCUGCCCCUCCACUACGCGGCCCAGUUCGGCUUCGUCGUCGUCUGCCAGAUCGUCAUGUCCAAGAUGCAGGAGUGGGAUCAGUUCGACGUCGGGAACGGCAUCGACGCCCCCGAGUGGCAGGACAACGACGGCCAGGCCCCGCUGCACCUCGCCGUCAUCGGCGGACACCCGCUCACCACCCAGGCCCUGCUCCAGGGCGAGAACUGGAAGCCCAGCAGCGACACCAAGGCCGAGGCCCGCAAGGCCGUGGCCCAGUCGGGCGCCGUCCUGACCCUCGCCACCAAGGCCAACUACACCGUCAUCGUCGAGACGCUGGUCAAGGCCGGCGUGGACAUCAACUGGAGGGACCAGUCGGGCGAGUCGGCCCUGCACGUGGCCGCCAGGUUCGGCAACGACAAGUGCGCCGAGGUCAUCAUCAGGGGCAGCGAGACGCAGAGGGCCGACCUCGAGAUCGCCGAGAACACGUACGCCUGGACGCCGCUGCACGUCGCCUCGGUCGACGGCCACCUGUCGGUCGUCAAGGUCCUGGUGGCCGCCGGCGCCGACGUCUCGCGCCCCGACUCGUCCGGCUGGACGGCCAAGGAGCACGCCGCCCUCAGGGGACACAUGGAGAUCGCCCGGCUGCUGGCCGGCAAGACCGAGGAGGGCGCCGGGGACUCCCCCCCGGCCAGCCGGUCGCCGGCGCGCACGCCCGGCGAGAGCAGCUCGAUAGAGGAGCGCAGCUCCAACGGGAACACGUCGGGCGGCAGCAUGGCCCGGCCGGCCGAGCCGGUCAAGACGUUUGGCCACCGCUACCUCACGGACGAGAGCCUGGUGCACGUCAGCCUGGGGUCGAUGGACUCGCGCAAGGGCACCGAGGCCGUCACCCUGGACCGCGUCCCCCUGACGGAGGCGCACAACACGCAGCUGGACACGGCGCUGUCGGUCGUCGUCUCGGCCAACGGCGCGUCCGGGGAGCCGACCAUCAUCGACCUCCCCCUGCACGAGCACGCGUCGACGGAGCCCAUCGUCUUCACGGCCGGGGACGCGACCAAGGUCAAGCUCUUCUUCGACAUCGUGCCGACGUACUCGGGCAGCAAGAAGCAGAAGAUCGGGCGGGCCGUGGCGCUGCUGUCGUCGAUCAAGCCCAACCUGGGCACGGGGCGGAUGAACCUGCAGGGCGACGUGUGCGUGCCCAUCAUGUCGAGCAGCCUGGACGUGAUCGGCACGGUCAACUUCAACUUCCUCGUCAUCACGCCCUUCCACCACGCCAACAUGGAGGUGACGUCGGAGCAGACGUACUGGAAGAAGCUGUCGUCGACCAUGGUCAUCGGGCACCGCGGGCUGGGCAAGAACAUCACGUCGAACCGGUCGCUGCAGCUGGGCGAGAACACGCUGCCGUCCUUCAUCGCGGCGGCCAACCUGGGGGCGCACUACGUCGAGUUCGACGUGCAGCUGACCAAGGACCACGUGCCGGUGGUGUACCACGACUUCCUCGUCAGCGAGACGGGCAUCGACGCGCCGGUGCACACGCUGACGCUGGAGCAGUUCCUGCACAUCCACCCGGACAGCCGGCGGAACCACCCGAGGGCGGCCAAGGGCGCCGGCGGCGAGCACGGGGCGUCCGCGCGCGACGGCCCGCGGCGCAACCGGGCCAGCAGCUUCACGCCGGCGCGGUCGCGGUCGAUGGGCGACCCGGGACCGGACGAGCCGAGCGAGCUGGAGAUGCGGAUGCGGCACACGCGCGACUUCAAGGAGAAGGGGUACAAGGCCAACUCGCGGGGCAAGUUCAUCCAGGCGCCGUUCGCGACGCUGGAGGACCUGUUCCUCAAGCUGCCGGAGGACAUCGGCUUCAACAUCGAGAUGAAGUACCCGAUGCUGCACGAGAGCGAGGAGCACGAGAUGGACACGUACGCCGUCGAGCUCAACUCGUUCUGCGACACGGUGCUGUCCAAGGUGUACGACCUGGCGGGCAAGAAGAGGCACCUGAUACUCAGCUCCUUCAACCCGGACAUCUGCCUGUGCCUCAGCUACAAGCAGCCGUCGAUCCCGAUCCUGUUCCUGACGGACGCCGGGUGCAGCCCGGUCGGGGACAUACGGGCCUCGUCGCUGCAGGAGGGCAUCCGCUUCGCCAGCCGGUGGAACCUCCUGGGCAUCGUCUCGGCGGCGGAGCCGCUCAUCAACAGCCCCCGACUGGUCAGGGUGGUCAAGGAGAAUGGGCUGGUGUGCGUCAGCUACGGCGUGCUGAACAACGAUCCCCUACUCGUCCAGGUAAAAGAAGGCAUCGACGCCGUCAUUGUAGACAGCGUCCUGGCGAUCAGAAAGGGACUGACGACCAGUGAAGAUACGGUGACGGCGGGUAAUACGCCCAAGAUGGAGGCGGAUGGGAAGAAUGGCAAGUUGGAGACGGAGCUCGAGUUGGAUGGAAAUACGACAUGA